AUGUCCCAGCGCCCCUGCUGGGGUGGGCGGGGCUCAACAGAGAUAGGCUCUGCCCUUGCCUGCGUCAAAGAGCCCCCUGAGCUGGUCAUUGUGUUCCCUGCAGGAGAUUCUUGGGGGAUCUUUGCCUUCCUGUGCGCAGCACUGUGGAACCUGCCCGCGGUCCCCGCCCUGAACAGCACAGACGAGGUGGGCGCUGGUCAGUCCAUCCAGAAGACAUACGACCUCACCAGGUAUCUGGAACACCAGCUGCGCACACUCGCCGGCACCUAUCUGAAUUACCUUGGCCCCCCCUUCAAUGAGCCAGACUUCAACCCUCCCCGGAUGACAAGGGCCGAGAUGGUGCCCAGUGCCACUGUGGACUUUGAGUUGUGGCGCAGCCUGAAUGACAAUGCCCGGCUGGCAGCCAAUUACCGGGCCUACACGCACCUGCUGUGCUACCUGCGUGGCAUGGAUGGGCAGGUGGCCAAGGCCGAGCUGCGCCAGAACCUGGGCCACUUCUGCACCAGCCUGCAGGGCCUGGUGGUGAGCAUUGCCAGCGUCAUGUCCUCGCUGGGCUACCCGCUGCCCAGCCCACUGGGCAGCACCGACCCCACCUGGGCCCAGGGGCCGGGUGCCACUAGCUCCCACAACGACUUCCUCAAGAAGAUGGAUGACUUCUGGCUGCUCAAGGAGCUGCAGACUUGGCUGUGGCGCUCCGCCAAGGACUUCAACCGCCUUAAGAAGAAGGUGCCGCCUGCCGCCCUCAUGCUGCGCCUCGAGGCUAGGGGUUUCUGACCCCUGCCCCCCCACACCCCAUCACCACGCUGUGCCUCGAGGUACAGGACAUCUGCCCACUCCACUCAUCAUGCUGUGCCUCAAGAUAAGGGGCUGCUGACUUUCCCCUCCCCUCAGAUCUUCCGAACCUCCAAACCCAGGCCCCACUGUGCCUCCCACCCCUUACCCCUCUCCCUCCCUUCCAUGGUUCCCAGCCUCCUUCCCAUCUGUUAUGCCAUGCAGCACGUCCCCAUCCUUCUCCUUCCCUCCCCCCGCCUUUUUCUUAUUCUCUAGCAAGGGACCUAUUUGCUUUCCAAAACAGGGAAAUAACCCUCCUUCCCCCAGUACAGCCCAGAGCAGCAAUAAGCCCCACCCCCAGAUCUGGACAGCAAUAACCCCUUCCCCUUUCACCCAGAGCAACAAUAAACCCUACCCCCAUGUGCUCUGGGCAGCAGUCAGCACUGUCUGUUUACCGUGGGCAGCCCUAAGCCUUGUCUGGCUUUGUCUCUUGCUGCGUCAUACUCUGUACCUCUGGUUUGAUCCAAUUCUUCCUCUGCGUCCCCCUCCCCUGCUCUCAUGCACGGAGACCUGGACUCAUCCAGCCUUUCCUCAGGUUCAGAGCCCCUGACACUGGCCUGCAGCCUGGCCUCCAUGUUUCUUUGGGUGCUUCCAGCUCUGCCCUCCAUGCAUCACUUCCCUCAUGGCUGGGGGCAGGGGCUGAGAUAGGCAAUGCCACCAGCACCAGCCCUCCGGUCACACCUGCAAAUGGGGCAAUCUCACCCCAUGACACUGCAGCAUCGUGGGGCAAGAGGGACGAGAAAUAGGAAGGAUCGGGGUGUGAAACAGGAAAGUCUGGGGAUCCAAAACAGGAAGGGGGAGGGGGAAUGAAACAGAAAAAAUUGAGGUCCAAAACAGGAAGGGGCAGAUGUUGAACCAGGAAAGGUUGGGGUCCAAACCACGAAGGGGCGAGAUUUGGAAGAGGAAAGGUUGGGGUCCAAACCAGGAAGGGGCGAGAUUUGGAAGAGGAAAGGUUGGGGUCCAAACCAGGAAGGGGCGAGAUUUGGAAGAGGAAAGGUUGGGGUCCAAAAUAGGGGUAGGAUUUGAAAGCAGACCUCCAGCGCUUCUCCAAGUGCAAUGCUGAUGCAUCUUUUGGCCCCACCUCCUGACAAAACACCCAUGAGGACCAGGAAAGCAGGGGAGCUAAACCAGGAAGGGGUGGGGCAAUAUCCCUUUGCCAUCUCAUGCCAUGACACAUGCAGCAUUUCCUUAAAGUUUACAUUGUCGCAGACGUAGCAUUUGGGCAGUUGUGGGGGCUCUUUAUCUGGCAUAGGCCCUGCUGCCCACCUCCCUGCCCAUGCUCCAGAUGUGGGAUCAGGAUUAAGGGCCUGUGACCCUGCCCUUCUCCACCCCCCACAUUCCCCCACCGGGUUGUGUUUUUCUUGGUAUGUCUAUAUUAAUAUUUAUUUAUUUGGAAAUAUUAUUUAUUAGAUGGU